UUUGCACAUCUCCGUUGCAGGCGCGGAGCCGUGAGCUUGGGAGCUGAGGGUCUGAGACCAUGGGACUUGGAUCUGAGUAGCACUUAGGAGAUGCUGUGCAACCGAACAGAGCCACCAUGGGGACGACAGCCCCAGGGCCUGUUCACCUGCUGGAGCUGUGUGACCAGAAGCUUAUGGAGUUUGUGUGCAAAGUGGACACACACUUUGUGUGGCUCGGGGAAAUCCAGGAGGAGGCCAGGCGUAUGUUCACCAGAGAAUUCAUCAAGGAGCCGGAGCUGAUGCCCAAAACGCCCUCUCAGAAGAACCGAGGGAAGAAGAGAAGGAUUGCUAACAUUCAGGAUGCCAGCAGAAACCCCACCUGGAAAAGCCCCGAGGAGGACCCCAGCAAGGAGGCUGAGCCUAUGGAGGAGGCUGGGCCUAUGGAGGAGGCUGGGCCUGAGGUCCCCAAGAAUGAAGAGAGUACCUUGUGGCCCCGAGGUGCCCCCAGGGUUGUCAUUAGAAUGCCUGGCUCGCAGCCUGUGGCCGGGGGCCAGGACAAGCCCUCCGCAGGGCAGCAGGAGGCCAAGAUCCAUCAAACAGAUGGCCCCGAGGAGCCACCCCAGAGUAUCAGGAGGAAGCACAAGUGCAGAAGAAAGCUCAACAACAAGGAAGCUGUGAGUGAGCCGGACGAGGAGCAGCAGCUCCAUGAGGAGGAGCUGCAGCUCCUCCGGAGCAAGACCCCUUCCCCGCCCUGUCCAGCCAGCAAGGUGGUACAGCCCGUCCGGACCUUCCUGCACACCAUGCAGAGGAACCAGAUGCUCAAGACCCCGACCCCGGCCUCCCGCAGCAGGGUCAUAAAAUCCUUCGUUAAGCGAAACACUCCCCUGCGUGUGGACCCUAAGGAGAAGGAGCAGCAGCGCCUGGAGAACCUGCGGCGGAAGGAGGAGGCAGAGCAGCUCCGCAGGCUGAAGGUGGAGGAGGACAAGCGGCGGCGGCUGGAGGAGUUGAAGCUGAAGCGGGAGGAGCGCCUGCGCAAGGUGCUGCAGGCCCGGGAGCGGGCGGAGCAAAUGAGGGAGGAGAAGAUAAAGCAGAUUGAGCAGAAGAUGGCCCCGCAGGGUAAGAACGAGAAGGCCAAGGAGGAGCGAUUGGCUGAGGAGAAGGCCAAGAAAAUGGCAGCAGCCAUGAACAUGGAGGUGCGCAGGAAGCAGGAGGAGGAGGCCCGGAGGCUCGGGUGUCUGCAACAGGAGGAGGAAGAGCAGCAAAGGAAGGAGGAGGAGGAGCAGGAGCGUCUGCUGAAGGCGGCUGAACAGGAGCAGCGGAGGGAGCAGGAGCGGCUCCAGGCCGAGAGGGAGCUGCAGGAGAGGGAGAAGGCCCUGCGGCUGCAAAAGGAGAGGCUGCAGAGGGAACUGGAGGAGAAGAAGAAAAAGGAAAAGCAGCAGCACCUACAGGAGGAGCAGGAGAAGAAAGCCAAGGAGGCUGCAGUGGCCAGCAAAGGGCCGAACACGACCGUGGAUGUGCAGUCUCCAGCUUGUACCUCACAUCAAAUGACGCCACGGGGGCCCAGGACGCCCCCCAAGAUCAACCUGGAUAACUACGGGAUGGAUCUGAAUAGCGACGACUCCACUGAUGAUGAGUCCCAUCCCCGGAAGCCCAUUCCCUCCUGGGCCACAGGCACCCAGCUCAGCCAGGCCAUCCUCCACCAGUACUGCCACCCCCCGAACCUGCUAGAGCUCUUUGGCACCAUUCGCCAGCUUGACCUGGAGGACAUCUUCGAGAAGAGCAAGCCUCGCUACCACAAGCGCACCAGCUCCGCCGUCUGGAGCUCGCCGCCCCUGCAGGGCAGCAGGGUCCCCAGCAGCCUGACCUACAGCCUGGAGCACUGAGGCAGGCCCGCCAGCCUCCUCUCCCAUCGGUGUCUGACUGUCCAUCUCUCCCUCGGUCUCGUGCCCUCCUCCCUGUGUUCUGUCCCUGAGGUUCCGUAAAUGUUCGGGGAGGGAGGGGGGGCCCCCGCCUGUGUGGAGGCUGCGCGUGGUGUGUGUCUGUGGAAGUGCCAGGCGCAGCCACGCCUGGCUCGCAGGCAGCACUUUGUAAAUAGGUUGCUAUAAUUUUAGC